GUUACAUCCAUCAUUGACAUUUUUAUUUAUAAAAACCGGUAAUACUUUUGUUAUUCAAUUAAAAAAUAGUUGCAUCAACCUACCAUGAAUAAAAACAAUAAACACAAGGCAUCAUGGCGUGGCAGGCAGAAAUACAAUAGCAAUAAGCGCUCAGGUGCCGGAAGGGAUUGGAAGAAUCCGACGAAGCACUCAGCAAAUAGAGUUUGCUUGCGUGAGGACCAAGUAGGCAUAACCGAGUAUGUUAGCGAUGGUGAGGGAUUCACUGGCGUUGUAAAAUCACGAUUUUCUGAUUUCCAUGUCAAUGAAAUUGAUCAAAAUGGGCAAGUGCUAAUACUCAACGAUUUGUCAGUACCAAAACCGGCAGUCGAAACUUUUGAUGAAGAGAAAUUAGCAGAGGCACGCACGAAAUUCGCGGAAGUAAUAACAGCAGAAAUUUGGGAUAAAUUAAAUGAUUUAGCUAAAAUGAAAGCCAAAGAUUCAACAGCACAGCCCAUAGACAUCCUCGUUACUUCCUUAGACAAAACCAACCGAGGAGAAUUACAUGAACUGUUAAAACAAAUAUAUGGUACCAAUCUAACAAGUUCAACAAUAAAUCAAAUUAACAAUUCCAUAGAAGAACGAAUUAUACGUGUGGCAAAACCAAAAGGGAAUUCACGUAAUCAAGAGCGCACACGCUGGACUUUUCCCGGUGAAUAUGUACAUUUCUUAGUUUAUAAAGAGAAUAUGGAAACAGGUGAGGCGGCAUCACGAUUAGCUUCACGUUUGGGUAUGCACCCGUCUCAUGUGAACUAUUGUGGUACUAAGGAUAAACGUGCCAAGACCACACAGAAGUUCUGUAUAAAACGACGAAGUCCUUCACAAAUUCUAAACGCUGGGAUUAAUUCAAUGCGUAUAGGCAAUUUUUCUUUCAGCAAUGAUGUGCUUAAAUUGGGUGACUUAAAAGGAAAUCGCUUUAGAAUCGCUUUGCGUCAUGUCAAUGGUGAUGAGGAAAUAAUACAAAAAGCUCUAGAAAAUUUACGAGACAAUGGGUUUAUUAAUUACUUCGGUUUACAGCGCUUUGGUAAUAACGCCGAUAUACCAACAUAUGAAAUCGGCGUGGCGCUCCUAAAAGCUGACUAUAAAACGGUUGCAGAACUUAUUUUAAAGCCGCGUGCAAAUGAUUUACCUUUCAUGGAUGAGGUACGCAAAAAGUGGUGGACAGAACGCGAUUCAGCGGCUGCAGCAGCCAUGUUCAUACCAAAUGAAUUUAUAGAGAAAAAACUACUGAAUGGACUGGCAAAAUAUGGAGAAAACGAUUAUUCGACAGCAUUAAGAGGAAUACCACGCAAUAUGUUGCUGCUUUAUCCACAUGCAUUCCAAAGUUUAGUCUUCAAUCGUAUUGCAUCGCAACGCAUAAAAGAGUUUGGCUUAAAACUAAUGGCUGGCGAUUUAGUAUAUCGCAAUAAAGAAGAAAUGGAUGAGGAUAUCGUUGAAAAUAACGACACAGAAAACUCAAAUGAGAAUUUGGAAGCGGUAGAAGGAAAUGACGAGACAAAAGAAACUGUUACAAAAACAGAAGAAUCUAUUUUUAAGCGCAAGGUCAAGGCUUUAACGGAAGAGGAUAUUGCCAGUGGAAAUCAUUCUCUCUUUGAUGUAGUUUUGCCACUUCCUGGACAUGAUAUUACGUAUCCAUUUAAUAUAGUAAGCUCAUGGUAUGAAGAUAUACUCGCCGAAUAUGGUUUGUCAUCGGAGAAAUUGCGUCACAAGGUUAAAACCUUUGCAAUGGCUGGUGCUUAUCGAAAAUUACUUAUACGACCCACCGAAUUCACAUGGAAAUUCCGGAAAUAUUCUUCGCCAGAAGAGACAUUAAUAGCAUCCGAUUGGGAACGCAUUAACGGUAAAGCUGAAAGUAUAGAAAAUGGUGAGGAGAAAGGCGAUUUAAAGGCAUUACUAUUAGAUUUCUGUUUACCACCCGCGGUAUAUGCUACAAUGUUACUUAGAGAACUUUUGAAAACGGAUACCUCAGCUGAACAACAAGCAACGGUAGAAAGUAAUGAAAUGAGUAAAGCAAGAAGCAGUCAACAGGCGAGAGAAUCUGAGGAUGAUGUUAAAAUUGAAUCUAAUGAAAAUAACGAGCCAAAAAUCGAAAAACGCAAACUUGAGGCGGAUGAAAACGAUGUAAAUGAAGCGGAACUUAAAGAGAAGAGAAGUAAAACUUCAUAGUGAAUGAUAAAUGAAAAUUUAAAGUAGUAGAUAAUGAAAACAACAUAGUUGUGAAUAUAAUGACUUUAAAGCUCAAUAAGAACUAACGCUGUCUAACGUUGUCAAGCCCAUAAUGAUUAAAAAUAUGUUAUACAAAAAUUGAUUUAGUGCUUGUGUUAUGCUAUCUCAGCUACAAAAAUAUCAUUUCUAAAGAGAAAAUACAAACAAAAUUUUAUUUUUAGCCUAUAUACAUAUAUAUAAGUUAAACAAAUAUUACAAACUUUCAAAUAAAACAACAAUAAUUGAUUUUUGAGAUAUAAUUAGCACACGU